AUGAAUAUGUAUGCAUCGGCCAGUGAUGAGAAGACUACUGUGACGGCUACUGUGAAACCGGCUGAGAAGAAGAGUGUUUACGAAUCAUUGAAAUCCAAAUACCAAAGUUAUUCAGUGUAUAAUAAGAUGGUUGAAUCCAUGUUCAGCAACAUCAUCAACAGCAACGACAAUGUGACCGAAGAGGAGACCCUCGAGUUGGACAAAGCCUUGUCUCAGAUGUUUCCCUUCGGCGGACCCGCAGAACAUUAUAUCAACUCAAUGGAUGAAUACUGCGGCGCGUUUUGGCGAUAUUACGACAAAUUGGCCGAAGCGGUGGCGACACAACCAGACCUGAAGUUUGCAUUGGAUAUGACGGUGACGUACUUCGGGGCGGGUGCCAAAUACGUUUGUCCCAUUUACUCGUACGGCUCGUCGUUCUGUGCGACACUGGCUGAGAAAGCAGCGCCCGCACACAUUAAGCAUCAAUACGACUCCAUUCUUCUCAAUAUGAUCUUGACUUUUGGCAGAAUAACUAUGUAUGCAUCGGCCAGUGAUGAUGAGACCACUGUAACGGCUACUGAGGAGACCACUGUGACGGCCAGUGAUGAGGAGACCACUGUAACGGCUACUGAGAAGACCACUGUGAAGGCUACUGUGAAGCCCACUGUGAAAGCUACUGUAAAGCCUACUGUGAAGGCUACUGUGAAACCCACUGUGAAGGCUACUGUGAAGACCACUGUAAAAACCACAACCACUGUGAAACCGACUGAGAAGAAGAGUGUUCUCGAAUCAUGGAGAUCCAAAUACAACCAGUAUUCAGUGUAUAAUCAGAUGGUUGAAAACAUGUUCAACAACAUAGACAUCAAGAGCACCGGCAAUGUGACCGAAGAGGAGACCCUCGAGUUGGACAAAGCCUUGUCUCAGAUGUUCCCUUUCGGCGGACCCCCAGAACAUUAUAUCGACUCAAUGGAUGAAUACUGCGGAAAUCUUGCAAACAAUUUCAACUUAUUAAAGAGUUUUGUGGGCCGCAAGUAUAAGUACAACAUGAUAGUGAAAGUGGCCAUCAGUUUAGUUAUUGUCAAACUAAACGAUAAGAAUGUGGGCUAUUGCAGUGAUGAUGACAAUAAAAAGGAAUACCUCGAAAAGCUGAAAAGAGUUAAGGACACCAACAUGAAAUUGAUGGGAUGUUACGACGAAUUGGUCAAUACGGCUGUCGUACAGCAAAGAAAAAGCUUCUCCAUUAAAACAACGGGUGCAAUUUGUUGGUAUGACGCGUUUUGGCGAUAUUACGAUAAGUUAGCCGAAUUGGUGAAGACACAACCAGAACUGCAGUUUGCAUUGGAUAUGACGGUGACGUACUUCGGCGCGGGUGCCAAAUACGUUUGUCCCAUUUACUCGUACGGCUCCUCUUACUGUGCGAAAGACAUACCUCUAGACGCCGCUCACGGCAUUAAACCGGAAUACCAAUCCAUUCUUCUCAAUAUGAUCUUGACUUUUGGAAAAAUAACUAUGUGCGUAAAACACGGUUUGAAUGGCGAAUCCAAUAAUACAAACCAUAGUAAAUGGCGUCAAUUGGCUGAAGACAUGUUCAAUGGACAGGCGAUUAUGAUAAGCAAAGCCAAAAGUAAUAUAAUAACUGGCGUUAAAUCGUAUGCCAUUAUAGAGCCCACAGAAAGAGAGACCAAAGCGGCCGACGAAGCCAUGAAUUAUAUUGUCUCUAUCGGUACCGACAAACUGUUGGACACGUUUGAAAAACUGGACUACUUUUGCCGUGAGCGCAAAGAGUUGAUACACGAGGCGAACACUUGGAUAAUCAGGAAAUACACGUUUAACAUACAAAUCCGAUUUGUAAUGUCUAUAAUGCUAUCGAGAAUCCAACGCCAGAACAGUGUGUAUUGCGCUGACGAUCACUUUAAGCGAAAUUACGUUACGUUCGCACAAUUUUUAACACCUAUUAAUCCAUUGCUAACGUCUAUUCGGCACAAGUUUGUGGACAGUUUGGUCGCCGUCCAGAAUUCGCACAUCGGUAUAACAAAAUUUGUUGGUAUGAAAUACAUGUUCAAAACUGAUAUCACACAUACUCUAGUCUUAACUGCUUACUGGCGAUACCGAACCGAAACCGAGAACGCUGUUAACUCGACAUCUAAAGAGCUGAAAGUGUUUGUCACAGAUAUGAUGGACUCGUAUUUUGGCGGAGGAAUGGGUUGUCUGUGUUUUGUGUUUUACAAAGACUCCUAUUCCUGUUCCGCAUAUAAACCGGACCCUCCGGUCCCACACUUAUACGACUCUAUGCUUAUGAAUAUAGUGGAUGCUAUGGCUAAGAUCACAAAUGUUGCUUUUAAAUAA